AUGUGGAAUAAGGAGAUGUUCCCGGAUCCGGUGGAGAUGACGAGAGAUGUGGAGGUUGUUGAGCGGAAGGUGGUGACCAUCGUGGACCCCCACUUAAAACGUGUAUCGCAUGGGUUGAUGACUUCUGUCACGGGAGGUCCAUUGCUUCGAACGUCUGCCAGUACCACAACGGUGCUCGCGCGUAGUGCACUAGAAACCAAAGUAUACAUCCGGACGCACCACUUAUUUUUCAUAUCGGGUAGGGAGGACUUUUGUAGAGGAUCCCGUCUAUGGCGAAUUCUUGACUUCUGGACGGAAGGAGGUGAGGCAGGAGCGGCGAAUUAUGAAGGCGAGGGCAGGGAAGAGGAGUCUCGAUCUUGUGAUAACGGUACAUAUGAUUAUCAUGCUCAAGUGUUGUAG